UACAAGUGUCAAGUUUUCAUUAUAUGUAUUGUAAUUUUAAUAUAAGUACUGCGGAUAUUUUUUUAGAGAAUUUUAUGUGACUAUUUCAUUUAAUUAAAAUUCAAGGAAAAAUGUAUUAAAAUUUAAUUAAAAAACAUGAAGACCCAAAUAAUUUGGUCAGACAAAGUACGUGAUAAGGCAGAACAAUGCAUAUAUGAUUUGUGUUUCAAUCCAAGUGGAUCACAAUUGAUAGUUGCUGCAGGGCAGCAUGUUUUAGUGUAUGAAAGUAACGAUGGAGCACUCAUUCAACUAUUGAAAGGUCACAAAGAUAUUGUUUAUUGUGUCUGUUAUGCAAAAGAUGGUAAGAAAUUUGCAUCUGGAGGGGCAGAUAAGACUGUUAUCAUUUGGACGUCUAAAUUAGAAGGAAUUUUAAAAUAUUCUCACAAUGAAUCAGUACAAUCUAUGCAGUUUAACCCAGUAUCACACCAACUACUUAGUUGUUCUUUAACUGAUAUUGCACUAUGGUCAGCGGAGCAAAAAGCUGUACAAAAAUAUAAAUCUGGUGGAAGGGUCAAUUGCUGUGCGUGGACCAAAGAUGGUCAAUAUUUUGCUUUAGGCAUGUCUGCUGGUUUUGUGUCAAUCAGAAAUAAAAAUGGAGAGGAAAAAAUGAGAAUAGAUCGUUCAGGAGACUCACCAAUAUGGAGCUUAGCCUGGAACCCAAGAAGGGAUGACUUAUCAGAUAUUAUUUGUAUUGGUGAAUGGAGUGGAAUAUUAUCAUUUUAUACUUUAUCUGGUAAAUUGAUAGGGAAAGAAAGAAAUUUAAACUUUAUUCCACUUAAAAUUUCCUACUUUCCAAAUGGACAGUAUAUUGUUGUAACUGGAAGCAAUAAACAUUGUGUUUUAUUAUCUUAUGAUGGUGUUCAACUGUCUACAAUAGGUAAUGCAUUUGCUUUUUGGACAUGGAGUUGUGCAAUUAAUUCGGAAUCAUCCUACGUGGCCAUUGGCUGUCAAGAUGGAACAAUAACUAAUGUAGAGUUAACUUGGAAUGUAAUUCAUGGAUUAUACAAAGAUAGAUAUGCUUACAGAGAAAAUAUGACUGACGUUAUAAUUGAACACUUAAUUACUAAUCAAAAAGUUAGAAUUAAAUGUAAGGAAUUGAUACACCAACUUGCUGUAUAUCAAGAUAGAUUAGCAGUACAGUUAUCUGAACAAGUAAUUAUUUAUGAACCAUCAGGAAGUAUUGAUGACAUGCAAUAUAGAGUAAAAGAAAAAUUGCCUCAAUCAUUAGAUUGCCAUCUUCUUGGAGUUACAGCGAACAAUUUAAUUCUUUACUUGGAUAAAAGACUCCAAAGUCUAUCAUUUACAGGUGCCGUAGAAAGAGAAUGGAUUCUCGAUGCUCCAAUUUGUUAUGUAAAAGUUUUAGGGGGUUCAGCAGGACAUGAACGAUUAUUAAUUGGUCUUAAAAAUGGUCAAGUUAUGGAAAUAUAUUUAGAUAAUCCAUUUCCAGUACUUUUAAUAACAGUUGAAAGUGCUGUUAGGUGUCUAGAUGUUAGUUCUUUAAAAGAAAAAUUAGCUGUAGUUAGUGAUAAGGGAACUCUUUUUGUUUAUGAUAUUAACUUGGAUAAAAAAUUACAAGAAUUUCAUGAUGUUACAAGUGUAUCUUUCAAUAGUGGCUUUGAGGAUAUGAUGUGCUUCUCUGGACAAGAUUAUUUAGCUAUAAAAGUAUCAAAUUUUAGCGAAUAUAAACAAAAGUUUUCUGGUAUUGUUGUGGGUUUACAUGGAUCCAGAUUAUAUUGUUUAAAUGGAUCAUCAAUAAUAAAACUGGAGAUGCCUUUAUCAUCAUCAAUGUAUCAAUACUUGGAUUCAAAAAUGUAUGAAAAAGCUUACAAAAUAGCGUGUCUUGGUGUAGCAGAUUCAGACUGGCUGGCACUUGGUUCAGCUGCUCUUGAUAAUUUAGAAUUUAAAAUAGCAUAUCAAGCUUUUGCAAGGACAAAAAAAUUGAUACUUGUUGAGAUCGUUUUAGAAAUUGAAGAAAAACUCAAAUCUGGCGAGUGGGGAAAAGAAGCGUGCAUGGCAACAGCUGCAGCAACUAUGGGAAAAUUUCGCGAAGCAGCAAAACUCUACCAAAAAGCUGGAUUGCAGCAACAAGCCGUGGAAAUGUAUUCCGACCUCCGGAUGUUCGAUAUAGCGCAAGAAUUCAUAGCUUUUGGGAAUAAUCAUGAUAAAACUGUUUUAAUGAGGCGAAGAGCAGAAUGGGCUAAAAGUUUAGGUGAACCACGAGCUGCUGCGGAAAUGUUUCUCUCCGCUGGAGAUACAAACCGUGCUAUCAAAAUAAUUUCUGAAUAUGGUUGGGUAGAUAUGCUUAUUAAAGUUGGGCGGCAAUUGGAUAAAGCCGAACAUGACCAUUUGUCAAUGAUUGCUAAAAGACUUAGGCAAUUGGGGGCUACUCAUGGUGCAGCUGAGAUUUUCAGCCGCUUAGGCGAUGAUCCAGAUGUUGCUGAUGUCCUAGUCGAUGCCCAAGCUUGGCACGAGGCAUUUGAGCUAGUUGAUAGAAACCCUAAACUCACAUCCAGAGUAUAUGGUCCUUAUGCCAGAUGGCUCGCAGAAACUGGUCGGUUUUCCGAUGCCCAGAAAGCUUUUCAAAAGGCUGGUCAGCCUGAAGAAUCAAUAAGAGUGUUAACAACUCUAACAAAAAAUGCUGUGACGGAAAAACGGUUUCGAGACGCCUCAUACUUCUAUUGGUUGCUAUCUCAAAUUUCACUUGAUUUAAAGAGCAGCGCAGAAGAAAAAAAAUUGAUUUUCAUGUCAUACUAUGACAAAGCUGACAUAUAUUACGCAUAUUAUGAAGUGUACAAAUAUUUAGAAGAACCCUUUACCGCCUUAAUGCCUGAAGCAUUAUUCAAUAUUUCAAGAUUUUUGUUAACUAGGACUAACAAUUUAACUCUUGAAGGAGUGUCGAAGCUUAAAAUUACUUAUGCUAUGAUGAAACAAGCGCGUUUACUUGGUGCAAAUAAGCUGGCUACACAAUUGUUGGACAGAUUGAGAAUUCUGAAAAUCCCUAAGAACCUAUUAACACAAAUCGAAACGGGAAUGAUUGCGAUCAAGUCCUUUCCUUACAGGGAUCCAGAAGAUCUUUUGCCUUUAUGCAAUCGCUGCUCGACGUAUAGUACUCUCCUGCCUGCUAAUAACACUUCCGAUAGCAUUUGUGUGCAGUGCGGCCUCAAGUUCCAGUACUCCUUUGUGAUGUUUGAAAAUUUGCCGCUUGUCGAAUUUGAGUUAGAGCCCGGAAUCACAGACGAAGAAGCUAAGCGAUUGAUCGAAGAACCUAUUCAAAAUGACGUCUCUAUUGACUCAAAUAAUCAAUUCAUUCUAAAUGCAAGUCAAACAGACUUGUUUAUGGCUAGAUUAGUUCAAUACGAGGAUGGAAGGAGUGGAUCAACCGUGAUGGUAGAUCGUGACGUUCUUAAAAACAUGGAUCCGUCAUCGGUACUCAUUGUCAAAUGGCCCAAACCUUUUGUUACACGAUACUACCGUAAUCUUUUACCAGAUUUACAAGUAACUUUCUGUAGAUCAUGUUUAAAGCUGUUCCAAACGGAUGAUUACGAACUGGCCUUGCUCCGUUAUAAUCAUUGCCCAUUUUGUAGAAUACCUACUAACGUUAUUGGUAACAAUUUGUGAAGUUCAAGAAAAGACAGUUUUUUCAAAAAUUCACUCACACGAAAAUUCAAAUAUUGGUUAAAAUACAUCACCGAGGAAAAGAUACGAAAGUUUGAUGUUGAUUUUCUUCAUUCUCACACAGCCAUAAGGGCAAACUUGCGUACAGUUAUGUCUAUAUAUGACAUAUGCACAUGAUUAGAAUAUGAUUUCAGUGGUCGUUGAUGAUGUAGAACUCGAUUUUUAAACAACUAUAAAGUACACGUGAAUUUAUACGUAUGUAGCGAACGUCUGACGUUCGCAACCACGUUCAGUGCGCAGCGCGAUCUCCUCUCUCUUUAUUUCUAUACGUAUAUAGUAUUAUUACUUGUUGCUUUCCAGAUAGAACGU